CUUCCACAGUUCCACUUUCCCCUCCUGCCGCCGCCUACACCCAUUUCAUUCGUGUGCCUGCCGUUGCCCCUCCCCACUUCCCGCCGGUAAUAGAACCCUUGAGCCACCUCAGCGGCGGCGACGGCGUCCCACCAACCCGCCGCCGGUCGACCUGGUGCUGCAUUGCAGCUCUGCGAGAGAGAGAGAGGAUUUGGGGAACCUGUCUCCAUUGUCGUACCCAGGAGAGCCGCCGCGCCGCGUUUGAGCUCUUUCUAGGAGGGUUGGGGGGUUCGGAUGGGGCCGGCUCGCGAUGUGGUGGACAUCAGCUCCGACGAGGAGGAGGGCUUCCGCAGGCUUUCCGCCGACCCGCUCGGGUGGGUCUCCAAACUUUUCGACCGCGUCGUGGCCAUCGGCGACUCGCCCGAGCCACCUCAGAAGAAGGACGGAUCCGACGGCGUCGGCGAGGCUGAGGCAGCAGAUCAAGACUGCGUGGUCCUCGACGGCGACCCCGACAGGCCUGUCGCCGUUGCGGGUGAGAUGGGGGCUGCCUCGGAUGAGCCGGAGAUUGUCGCGGUGAAAGGCCAGAUAGCAUGCAGGGACUUCCCUCACGCACGACAUUCAUGUUCUGAAUUUCCCUUCAGCACUACUUUACACGUAAAGCAUUGCAGCAAGUGUUACUGUUUUGUCUGUGAUGCUCCAGCUCCAUGCAACAAUUGGGAUAAAGGUCUCUCGAAUGAUGAUCAUUGCCAUGCUACGGACAAGGAAACAAAGUGGAAAACUCUGAGGAAACUGUUAAAGUUAAACAAUCUGGCAGCAUCUCAUUCAGAAAGGCACUCGAAUGCUCUGUACCCAACAACGUCGUCACUGGAACGACAGUAGGAGUGCACAUCGGAGGACGACGAUGGGGAGUAUUUCGAGCCGGAGGAGGAGGCCACGGUGUAUGUCGGGAACCUACCCUAUUACACUGAUAGUGAG